AUGUCUGAGCUGAAGCUGGAGGGCGAGCUGCUGCUGCGGCAGCAGCGGCGCCUUGCGCAGCUGCGGCUUGAGCAGAAGCAGCAGCAGCUGCAGCAGCAGCAGCUGCAGCUGCAGCAGCAGCAACGGCAGCUGCUGCUUGCUGAGGAACGGGAGUUUCUGAGCAGCAGCCCCCAGGCGGUCUUUCCCUAUGAAGCUACUCAGCUGGUCCAGCAGCAGCAGCAGCAGCAGCAGCAGCAGCAGCAGCUGGAGCAGCAGCAGCGGAACGACCGCCUGCUGCGGUCCAGCUGCAGCGACAGUGAGUUGAGUGUCUCUGCAGCAGCAGCAGCAGCAGCACAUGCAGCUGUUUCUGUAGCGGCGCGUUUUUCGCAUGCAGAGAGGCUCUGCUGCCGCAGCUGCAGCAGCAGCAGCAGCGGCUGCAGCAGCAGCUCGCAGCAGGCCCCGUCCAGCAGCAACUCGCCCGUUGCAAGAACUGCAGCAGCAGCAGCAGCUGCGGCUGCUGCUGCUGCCGCCGUGCAGGCCGUAGAAGGGCCGAGGCGCGCCCGCAGCAGCAACAGCAACAGCAGCAGCUGCUGCAGCAACAGAGGCCCCCUGCAGCACUUGUCUCAGCAGCAGCAGCAGCAGCAGCAGGAGCAGCAGCGGCAGCUCGUCUCUUGCUGCUGGCGAGACGUUAUUCAGCAGCAAAUGUCCAGUGGCCUCUCUGCGCUUCCAGGAGUUGCUGCUGCUGCUGCUGCAGGAGCAGAUGCAGCAGCAGCAGGAGCGCUGCAAGUAGCCCGUGCUGCUGCGGGUGAGGCUGCUGCGCUGCUGUCUGCAGCAGCGGGCGAAGCCUCAGCCCGCAGCACUGCAGCAGCAGCAGCAGCAGCAGCAACAGCAGCAAACAGUGCCCUUAACAUGCGUUUUAGGCUGCCUCCGCUGCCGCGGGAGCUGCAGAGCUUUCCUGCUGCACCCAGCUCGGAACCAGCAGCAGCAGCAGCAGCAGCUGCUGCUGCUGCUGCUGCUGCUGAGAGAUACCUGCGCCGAGAGAGCGGCUCUUCGGCUGUGCCUUCCUCAGCAGCAACGCCUGCCUCAGCAAGAGCAGCAGCAGCAGCCGCUGCUGUUGCAGCAGCAGAAGCAGCAGCAGAAGCAGCAGCAGAAGCAGCAGCAGAUGCUUAUGUGGCGACAGCAGAAGCUGCUGCGUUAUCGGCUUCGGGCGCAGCAGAAAGUGCUGGCGCUGCUGCCGGUUGCGAGCAGCAGCAGCAGCAGCAGCAGCAGCAGCAGCAGCAAGACCAGCAGCAGGCGCUGCAAGAGCUAGAGUAUGGCCAUGCAACCUUGUGCCAAUUAGGCCGCCAGCAGCAGCAGCAGCAGCAGCAGCAGCAGCAACAGCAGCACCACACUAUGGGAUUUUCUGGGGACGCAGCAGCAAACGCAGCAGCAGCAGAAGGCUCAGGGAGCAGCAGCAGCCGCGAGCGCAGUAGGAGUGCCCUAAAUCAUCUCCCAGAGUCUCGCACUGCUGCUGCUGCUGCUGCUGCUGCUGCUGUCACAUCAUCUGCUGCAGUUGGAUGCCCCAUGUAA